AUGGCCUGGAGCUGGCUCGGGGCAUCGGUCAUGCGAGUCGUCGGGAGCAUUUACACGUGGAUCCGCAUGCCGAGCGCUUCGGGCUCAGCGCGGCAUAAUGCCCGGUUGGUGAUGUUCCUGUGCUCGUUCGCGGUGAACGCGGUGAACUAUUCCGUCUUCAUCGCUUAUGAACUCUACCUCAACCCGGCCGUAAACUGUCUGUUCGUGGUCUUUUGCCCUGCAGUCCUCUGGAGCUCCUACUGGUGCAGGGACCUGCCAAUCAAGGCAUUUCCGCACGUCAUCUACGAUGCCAAUGCAAGCAACAUGUUGCUGAAAUUGAUUAUUUAUGCGGUCCUUGUGGUCGCCAUGCCCAUUUUGUUUGGCACUGGCAGCGCUCAAUCAAUUGCCGAGAGCUUGAUUAUGAAUGUGUUGGGAUAUACGACGGCGUUUCUACCAAUUCUCGAUGACCACGUCCUCGCAACCAGCGGGUUUGCCCUCUAUGGACUUGCAGCCGCGAUGAUCACCUUUGCAAAUCAAGAUCAAGUUGAGUUCACAGAUGGGAUGCGCCACAUGCUCCUGCAGAACUGCUUCUACUCGAUCCUGAGUCGGGGCCUCCUCAAGAUCUUCGACUCGCAGUUCGAACCUCCCGACCAGAGCGCUGGAGACAAGGCUCGCCCCUUUGUGGCUCAUCUCGGCAACGCGUCGCGCCGGAGCUUCGAGGACCUCAUCUGCCAAGCUCGCGAUCGGGAGGGGCCUCACAGUGUGGCGAGGCUUCUGGGCAUCUACGCGCGCAGGAUGCGGUACGAGGAGGAGCUAGUGGCCCAGCUGAUCUUCUUGUAUCACUGCCGGAACACCAGGCACUUGGACGCUGCGGUGGUGUUCCGAAUCGUGGAGCUGCUGGGGCUGGGCGGCCAUCUGCACCGCGAAGUCCGGCCCGAGUUUCGGCUGCUUCCUUCGAUCCGGUCGGCGGGUGUGUCAAGUUGCGCGAGCGACUCGGAAUCGCAGGGGACACGCACGACAGCAGAGCUUGUGAGGCUCCGUCUUCGGGCCGUAUUGGUCCCAUGA